AUGACCACCAGAAGUCCAGGUUUGUGGAACCAUGAGCAAUUCCAUGGGACACUGGAGAGGCAACAAAGGAGACUGUUACUGGAUUUAUGCCUGAAGGCAGCACUUCACAAUGAGCAAAGCUUCCCAAAUGCAGUGAAUAUGCUCCUCUCAUUGUUCCCUCAUCAAAGUGACUUAAGUAACCUCUAUCUCGAUCUGUACCAACAUGUUAGGAAUGAAGGAUUUUUGAGUAUCCUUCCAAAACUGAGGCUGCUUUUCCAGUCAUCUCCUUCAGUGUGGUCCAUAGACCUCUCAGAGAGAAAGACCUCCAUCCUCCUGGAAGUGCUGAAACUCCAAUCAGAGAAGAAACCAGUGGAGCUGACAGGCUGGUCACAUGAAGAGAGUGAAGUGAGGAGUUUCCUGCAGUGUCUGCCUUAUAUCUCACAGCUCAGUGUUGUGCCACUGUUAUCAGAAACUUCAGAAGAAAUCAGGUUCUUGGGGAAUCUGUUCUGUGCAGCAGCAGAGAGAGAAGAGCAAACAGGAGAGAAGAUACUGGAGCUGUUAUCAGUGUGCACAUACAAAACAUUUUCUCUAAAACAAAAAUGGUGUGAUUUCCUCCUGGACCUGUACUCUUAUGAGGCUAAAACAAGUUCAAGAGUCCUUCCAUCAUUACAGUCAGUUUUCCAGUCAACUCCUGCAGUCUGGUCCAUAGACCUCUCAGAGAGAAAGACCUCCAUCCUCCUGGAAGUGCUGAAACUCCAAUCAGAGAAGAAACCAGUGGAGCUGACAGGCUGGUCACAUGAAGAGAGUGAAGUGAGGAGUUUCCUGCAGUGUCUGCCUUAUAUCUCACAGCUCAGUUUCGUGCCUCAGUUACCAGAACCUCAAGAAGAACCCAGAUUCUUGGAGAUGCUGUUCUGUGCAGCAGCUGCAGAGAGGAAGCAGCAGAAACGAGAGAAGAUACUGGAGCUGUUAUCAUCAGUCUGCACAUACAAAACAUUCCCUCUCAAACAGAAAUGGUGUGAUUUCCUCCUGGACCUGUACUCGUAUGUGACUGAAACAGGUUUCAGAGUCCUUCCAUCAUUACAGUCAGUUUUCCAGUCUGGUCCUGCAGUCUGGUCCAUGGACCUCUCAGAGAGAAAGACCUCCAUCCUCCUGGAAGUGCUGAAACUCCAAUCAGAGAAGAAACCAGUGGAGCUGACAGGCUGGUCACAUGAAGAGAGUGAAAUGAGGAGUUUCCUGCAGUGUCUGCCUUAUAUCUCACAGCUCAGUUACCAGCCUCAGCUAUCAAGACCUUCAGAAGAAACCAGAUUCUUGGGGAAUCUGUUCUGUGCAGCAGCGGAAACAGACCAGCAGACAGGAGGAAAGAUACUGGACCUGCUUCCAUCUCUGUGCACUUUUGAAACAUUCCCUCUCAACCAGAAAUGGUGUGAUUUCCUGCUGGACCUGUACUCUUAUAAGACUAAAAUGGGCUUAGGUCCUCCUCCAUCAUUACAGUCAGUUUUCCAGUCAACUCCUGCAGUCUGGUCCAUAAACCUCUCAGAGAGAAAGACCUCCAUCCUCCUGGAAGUGCUGAAACUCCAAUCAGAGAAGAAACAAGUGAAGCUGACAGGCUGGUCACAUGAAGAGAGUGAAGUGAGGAGUUUCCUGCAGUGUCUGCCUUAUAUCUCACAGCUCAGUCAGUUUUCCAGUCAACUCCUGCAGUCUGGUUCAUAGACCUCUCAGAGAGAAAGACCUCCAUCAUUCUGGAAGCGCUGAAACUCCAAUCAGAGAAGAAAGAAGUCAUUCUGACAGGCUGCUCACAUGAAGAGAGUGAAGUGAGGAGUUUCCUGCAGUGUCUGCCUUAUAUCUCACAGCUCAGAGUUCAGAAGAAGUUACCUCUUGAUGAAACAACCAGGAUGUUUGUGAAUCUGUUCUGUGCAGCAGCAGAGAGAGAACAGCAGACAGGAGAGAAGAUACUGAAGCAGUUAUCAUCAGUGUGCAGAUAUGAAGGAUUUCCUUCAUUUUACAUGGAUGGAAAAUCUCAGAGUGAUUUCCUGCUGGAUCUGUUCUCCCUUGUGAAGGACUAUGAGACUAAAACAGGUCUGAGAGUCCUUCCAUCAUUACAGUCAGUUUUGCAGUCAGCUCGUGCAGACUGGUUCAUAAACCUCUCAGAGAGAAAGACCUCCAUCCUCCUGGAAGUGCUGAAACUCCAAUCAGAGAAGAAACCAGUGUAUCUGACAGGCUGGUCACAUGAAGAGAGUGAAGUGAGGAGUUUCCUGCAGUGUCUGCCUUAUAUCUCACAGCUCAGAGUUCAGAAGAAGUUAUCUCUUGAUGAAACAACCAGGAUGUUUGUGAAUCUGUUCUGUGCAGCAGCAGAGAGAGAACAGCAGACAGGAGAGAAGAUACUGAAGCAGUUAUCAUCAGUGUGCAGAUAUAAAGGAUUUCCUUCAUAUUACAUGGAUGGAAAAUCUCAGAGUGAUUUCCUGCUGGAUCUGUUCUCCCAUGUGAAGGACUAUGAGACUAAAACAGGUCUGAGAGUCCUUCCAUCAUUACAGUCAGUUUUCCAGUCAGCUUCUGUAGUCUGGUUCAUAAACCUCUCAGAGAGAAAGACCUCCAUCCUCCUGGAAGUGCUGAAACUCCAAUCAGAGAAGAAACCAGUGUAUCUGACAGGCUGGUCACAUGAAGAGAGUGAAGUGAGGAGUUUCCUGCAGUGUCUGCCUUAUAUCUCACAGCUCAGAGUUCAGUGGUUAUCUCUUGAUGAAACAACCAGGAUGUUUGUGAAUCUGUUCUGUGCAGCAGCAGAGAGAGAACAGCAGACAGGAGAGAAGAUACUGGAGCAGUUAUCAUCAGUGUUCACAAAUGAAACAUGUCCUCACAUAUACAGCUAUGAUAAAUAUGAGAUUGAUUUCCUGCUGGAUCUGUUCUCCCAUGUGAAGGACUAUGAGACUAAAACAGGUCUGAGAGUCCUUCCAUCAUUACAGUCAGUUUUCCAGUCAGCUCCUUUUUUCUGGUUCAUAAACCUCUCAGAGAGAAAGACCUCCAUCCUCCUGGAAGUGCUGAAACUCCAAUCAGAGAAGAAAGAAGUGGAGCUGACAGGCUGGUCACAUGAAGAGAGUGAAGUGAGGAAUUUCCUGCAGUGUCUGCCUUAUAUCUCACUGCUCAGUGUUGAGAAGAAGUUAUCUCUUGAUGAAACAACCAGGAUGUUUGUGAAUCUGUUCUGUGCAGCAGCAGAGAGAGAACAGCAGACAGGAGAGAAGAUACUGGAGCAGUUAUCAUCAGUGUGCAGAUAUGAAGGAUUUCCUUUAUAUUACAUGUAUUAUGAUGAUAAAGAUUUUCAAUAUCAGACUGGUUUCCUGCUGGAUCUGUUCUCCCUUGUGAAGGACUAUGAGACUAAAACAGGUCUGAGAGUCCUUCCAUCAUUACAGUCAGUUUUCCAGUCAGCUCCUGCAUUCUGGUUCAUAAACCUCUCAGAGAGAAAGACCUCCAUCCUCCUGGAAGUGCUGAAACUCCAAUCAGAGAAGAAACCAGUGGAGCUGACAGGCUGGUCACAUGAAGAGAGUGAAGUGAGGAGUUCCUGCAGUGUCUGCCUUAUAUCUCACAGCUCAGCUGUGUUCCAGGCUUCUUCCAGAGUGUGUGUUCAUCCAUCUCUGUCAGAUCCAGACAGGAGGUCCAGCAGCUGGUGUCUCUGCUGCAGCUCCUGGACUUCAAGCUGCUGUUAACAGGAAAGUUAUCCAGGACGACCUGCUGCUCUGUGGGGAGAGUUCUUCAACUUUGUGGCUCUAGGGUGGAUCUCAGCCUCACAGCUAAGAAUAUGUCUGUCAGAAGAACCUCCCUGUUCUUCAGAAAACCAACACAACUACACAGUCUGAGGCUUUCCAAUGCCAUGGUCUUGCUCCUGUUUCGGUGGGUCAGAAGAAGUAAACUGAUGUGUCCUUUGACUGUUGAAGAGCUUUGUCUUAAGGCUCAGAAAGAUCAAGCAUCAGAGAGAAAGUUGUUGAAGGUUGUCAGUAGUUUAUGUUCCCUGCUGAGAUCCUGUUCAGUCAGACAGUUGGUCCUCACUGAGUCCUGCAUCCCUGCUCAGUGUCUCAUUCCACUGCUGCUUCUCCAUGGUCCUCCAACCAUCAAACUGAGUGAAGAUCAUGUCCAGCAGCUGCUGGUCCUGGUCCAUGAAGUCCAGGACCAGGUCUUGACAUUGUCUUUGUUGAAUGUGGUUUCUGGAGACCUGACCUCCUGCAGCCUGAACUGGGAGGCUUCUUCACUAUCUGCUG